AGAAGGGGCAAAGAUGAAAACCCACGUUUUCCUUCAACUUCUUUUGACUAUCAGUGCUCUCUUUCUUGUGGAUUCUCUCGCUUUCCCUUCAGAGGAGGUGGUUGCUCUGACUAAGUUCAAAGAAGCAAUAUAUGAAGAUCCAUUUCUGGUCUUGUCUAGUUGGAAUUCCUUAGAUUCCGACCCUUGUGCUUGGAAUGGCAUUUCUUGUUCUGUGUCUGGAGAUCAUGUCUUGAAAAUUAACAUUUCUGGGGCAUCUUUAAGGGGUUUUCUUGCACCAGAGUUGCAUCUCGUCUCUUAUUUGCAAGAAUUAUUGUUGGACAGAAACCAACUAAUUGGUACAAUACCCAAAGAAAUAGGGUUGUUAAAGAACCUCAGAGUUUUGGACUUGAGCAAAAACCGGCUUACUGGAUCAAUUCCUAAGGAGAUAGGAAAUUUACCAAACAUAGUAAAAAUAAACCUUCAGUCCAAUGGGUUGACCGGAAGAUUGCCAUUUGAGCUUAUUAGCAGUUUGAAAUACCUCGAAGAACUUAGGGUGGAUAGAAAUAAGCUUGUAGGGAUGGUCCCGGAAAUUAAUGUGACAUACUCUACAUCUAGUGUAAAUGGGAUGUAUGCCUCUGGUGGGAAGCAUAUCGGAUUAUGUCGUUCAUCUAAACUAAAAGUUGCAGAUUUAUCAUAUAACUUCUUUGUUGGAAGGAUACCAAAAUGCUUGAGUUAUCUUCCAAAGUCAAGCUUUCAAGGGAACUGCCUUCAAGUCCAAGAUAUUAGGCAGCGGCCUCUUUCACAAUGUGGUCACAAUGCACCAAAAAAUCAAAUCCACCCAGCAGUGACCAAAACUGAACACAAGUAUGGGUCAACAAAACCUGGAUGGCUGUUUGGACUAGAAGUCAUGACAGGGAUAAUGGUGGGAACUCUUUUUCUAGUGGCUCUUCUCACGACUGUUCACAAGUUCAACAGUAAAUCUUCCAUUGUUAUCCCUUGGAAGAAGUCAGGUAGCAUUAAGGACUGCAGGGCAGUUUACGUAGAUACUGAGAUGCUGAAGGAUGUAGUGAGAUUCAGCAGGCAAGAGCUAGAGGUAGCAUGUGAAGAUUUCAGUAAUAUUAUCGGCUCCUCGCCCGACAGCUUGGUGUACAAGGGGACCAUGCAUGGUGGUCCUGAGAUUGCCGUGAUAUCUGUUUGCAUCAAGGAAGAGAACUGGACCGCCUAUCUCGAACUUUAUUUUCAGAAAGAGGUGGCAGAACUUGCAAGGAUAGAUCAUGAAAAUGCAGCAAAACUGUUGGGGUAUUGUAGGGAAAGCAGCCCUUUUACAAGGAUGUUGGUGUUUGAGUAUGCGCCGAAUGGAACUUUGUAUGAACAUCUUCACUAUGGAGAGGCCUGCCAAUUGUCAUGGACAAGAAGGAUGAAAAUUGUGAUCGGUAUAGCCAAGGGGUUGAAAUAUCUACACACAGAACUCAACCCUCCAUUCACUAUAUCUGAACUCAAUUCAAAUGCUGUGUAUCUCACUGAAGAUUUCUCUCCUAAGCUAGUUGAUUUUGAAAGCUGGAAGACAAUCCUUUCAAGAUCAGAAAAGAAUUAUAUAAGCAGUGAAGGUGCAAUUUGCAUCCUUCCAGAUUCAUUGGAGGGACGCCACCAGGACCUCUCUGGAAACAUUUAUGCAUUUGGACUACUACUUCUGGAAAUAAUCAGUGGCCGACCUCCCUACUGCAAAGACAAAGGAUCCUUAAUAGACUGGGCUAAGGACUUUCUUGAUGUUCCUGAGGCAAUGUCGUGCUUGGUGGACCCCGAGUUGAAACAUUUCAGUUGUGAAGAGGUCAAAGUGGUGUGUGAGGUGAUCAAAGCAUGCAUUCGUACAUAUUAUAAUCGCAGAGGUUCUUCAAUGGAGGAAUUGUGUGGUCUGCUGGAGAGCAACAUUGACACAUCUAUAUCUGCGGAAUUGAAAGGAUCUUCUUUAGCGUGGGCCGAGCUGGCGCUUUCGUCCUCCUGACACACUUCGGCUAACACACUGUAAAUAAGCAUAUACCAAGUAUAAUAACUGUAACAUGGUUAUGGUGAAAGAGCUAACCAAUUCUUUUCUCAUUGGUCAAUGUAUAUUGAAUAUUUGAAUCAGAUAGUGAAAUACUGAAAUAGUGAAUGUGCUAUUCAAAAAAUUGCGGCUUUAUUUGGUAGCCGGCUUACUCUGCUUACUACGGAAAGUAAAGUAGCUUUUGACUUCUUUGCUACUACCUCAGUCCCAUUUUAUGUGUCUUCUGCUUUUGGCACAAUUUUUAAUAAAGU